UUCCUUUCAACCUUAAAUUUUCUUCUCUUCUCUCUACUUCUUUUGGUCUCCCAAUUCUUCAAACUAGCUACCCAUUUUGGGUCUUGAUUGGGCUCUGUGUUUGUUUUCAUGUGAGUGUUGCUGUAGAAAACAAUGAGUUGCAACGGGUGCAGAGUCUUACGCAAAGGGUGCAGUGAAACCUGCAUUUUACGCCCGUGUUUACAGUGGAUCGAGACCCCUGAAGCCCAAGGCCACGCCACUGUCUUUGUUGCUAAGUUCUUCGGCCGCGCUGGCCUCAUGUCCUUCAUUUCAGCUGUCCCUGAAAGCCAGCGUCCUGCUUUGUUUCAAUCUUUAUUAUUUGAAGCCUGCGGUAGAACUGUGAAUCCUGUAAACGGAGCUGUAGGGCUACUGUGGACUGGAAACUGGCACGUUUGCCAAGCUGCUGUAGAAACUGUUCUACGCGGCGGCACGCUUCGGCCGAUGCCUGAGCUUCUCACAGCUGGAGGAUCUCCAUCCCUGGCUUCCGACGAAGUGUCUGAGGCUGAAGUGGCCUGUACGGACAUGUGGAAACUCCAGGAUCCAAAUCCGAACCCCCAUUCUCGAUUUUCUAAUUCGAGAUCCAGAACAUCACCAAAACGGAAAAGAACUGAUGAACCUGUGAACAUAAUUAAGCAGGAAAAGCUACAGCUCCAAUUUCCGCCGAGCGAUCUGGAUCUUCGGCUAACGCCGAUCUUUUCCCCAAAAUCAUCGCCUCGUAAACCGGAAAUCCGUCGGCCGGGGACUCCUUCAAUGAAUUCAGAGGAGUCGGUGACUACAACCACGACGUGUUUUGAGAGCGGACUGGGAGAUCAGUACGGGAAUGGAGGAGAGAGAAAGCUCCUGAACCUGUUUGUCUAGGAAUAUAAAAAGAGUGUUUUGCUUAAUUUUGUGAAUCUGACAGCCGCAGUAUUGGAGUUAGUCCUUUUUUGAUAAAUUUUGGUUAGUUUUCCCGGAAAAUGGAUUAUUCUCCGGCGAGUUUUCGUACAUCACCGGUAAAAGAUUUCUCUUGUGAGUGAUCUAAGAGAACAAAUGAAUUUCCCGGUGAUUGUAUUGUUAAAUUUGUACUGUGAUGACUGUAUCAUGACAUGAAUAAUAAAACAAAUUAUUUUCUUUUAA